AUGAAAUUCUUCAGCAUCACAUAUGGUGCUGCAAAAGAUAAGAAUGAAGUAGGGACAAUAAAAGAUAAGACUGAAGUAGGGACAACAAAAGAUAAGAAUGAUGUAGGGACAACAAAAGAUAAGACUGAAGUAGGGACAAAAGUAGGGACAACAAAAGAUAAGAAUGAAGUAGGGACAACAAAAGAUAAGACUGAAGUAGGAACAACAAAAGAUAAGAAUGAAGUGGGGACAACAAAAGAUAAGAAUGAAGUAGGGACAACAAAAGAUAAGAAUGAAGUAGGGACAACAAACGAUAAGAAUGAAGUAGUGACAACAAAAGAUAAGAAUGAAGUAGGGACAACAAAAGAUAAGAAUGAAGCAGGGACAACAAAAGAUAAGAAUGAAGUGGGGACAACAAAAGAUAAGAAUGAAGUAGGGACAACAAAAGAUAAGACUGAAGUAGGGACAACAAAAGAUAAGACUGAAGUAGGGACAACAAAAGAUAAGAAUGAAGCAGGGACAACAAAAGAUAAGAAUGAAGCAGGGACAACAAAAGAUAAGAAUGAAGCAGGGACAACAAAUGAUAAGAAUGAAGCAGGGACAACAAAAGAUAAGAAUGAAGUAGGGACAACAAACAAUAACAAUGAAGUAGUGACAACAAAAGAUAAGAAUGAAGUAGGGACAACAAACAAUAAGAAGGAAGUAGGGACAAAAAAUGAUAAGAAUGAAGUAGGGACAACAAAAGAUAAGAAUGAAGUAGUGACAACAAAAGAUAAUGAAGUAGGGACAACAAACAAUAAGAAUGAAGUAGGGACAACAAACGAUAAGAAUGAAGUAGUGACAACAAAAGAUAAUGAAGUAGGGACAACAAACAAUAAGAAUGAAGUAGGGACAAAAAACAAUAAGAAUGAAGUAGGGACAACAAAAGAUAAGAAUGAAGUAGGGACAACAAACGAUAAGACUGAAACUGAAGUAGGGACAACAAAAGAUAAGAAUGAAGUAGGGACAACAAAAGAUAAGAAUGAAGUAGGGACAACAAAAGAUAAGAAAGAAGUAGGGACAACAAAAGAUAAAAAUGAAGUGGGGACAACAAAAGAUAAGAAUGAAGUAGGGACAACAAAAGAUAAGAACGAAGUAGGGACAACAAAUGAUAAGAAUGAAGUAGGGACAACAAAAGAUAAGAAUGCAGUAGGGACAACAAAAGAUAAGAAUGAAGUAGGGACAACAAACGAUAAGAAUGAAGUAGGGACAACAAAAGAUAAGAAUGAAGUAGGGACAACAAAUGAUAAGAAUGAAGUAGGGUCAACAAAUGAUAAGAAUGAAGUAGGGACAACAAAAGAAAAGAAUGAAGUAGGGACAACAAACAAUAAGAAUGAAGUAGGGACAACAAAAGAUAAGAAUAAAGUAGGGACAACAAAAGAUAACAAUGAAGUAGGGACAACAAAUGAUAAGAAUGAAGUAGGGACAACAAAAGAUAAGAAUGAAGUAGGGAUAACAAACGAUAAUAAUGAAGUAGGGACAACACGCUUUAAUAACAUGAAAGAUGUUUUCCUUUAA